AAAGACACUCAUGGACAUUUGAAUUUCGGCUGGAGAAGUAGAUAUAAACACGCCGGCCCCAAAAGGAGCUAGUUGGUUCCAUGGUGUAAUGGUUAGCACUCUGGACUCUGAAUCCAGCGAUCCGAGUUCAAAUCUCGGUGGAACCUGUCGUUUUUAUUUAGAUAGUUUUUUAUGUUUUUGUAAUCCCUUUUUUUUUGCUUACAAACCAACCAACCACAGAAGUCAUACGACCGUGUGAUACACGUGAAGGAAGAAGUGAUUAAAACUAAAUCUAAUGCACAACAGGAUGGUUUCGACGUCACUUCCUUGGUAGGUGACGUUAAUUCAUCAUGGCGGCAGCAUGUCUGACACGACGCGUUUGUUUACUGUCAGAUAAAAUGACUGUUGUUAGAGCCAACGGUUUAACAUUAAUGCAAAUAAACGCCUUUUCUGUCACCAAAUGGGCACACGCCUCCGAGGACACUAAAGUGCACAUUCCAGCAGAGCGGCUGACAGUCACAUACAGCAGGAGCAGUGGUCCAGGAGGACAGCACGUCAAUAAAGGUGAAUAUUCCGUUAAAGAAUGUCCUGAAGGAAGUGCUGGUUUCUGGGUUCAGGACUUUCAUCCCACACUCACAGUGAACACAAAGGCAAAGGUCCGCUUCCACGUGCACACAGCAGACUGGAUACCUGAGGACAUUCGACUAAAAGUCAUAGAAAAGAUCUUUGCGGGUUUUAAACCACAGAACAGAAGCCGCAUGAAUAAAGCCGGGGAGCUGCUGGUGAGCUCAGAGGUGAGCAGAAGUCAGCACAGGAAUCUCUCCGACUGCCUGCAGAAGAUCUCCACCAUCCUGGCAGAAGCCAGUGAGAAACCUCAUGAACCUACAGCGGAGGACGUGGCUCUGCGGGCAGCCAGGUUGAAAAAGAGGAAAGAAGAACGCCUCAAACAGAAAAAGAUCCAUUCAGGAACCAAACAAAGCAGAAGAGUGGACUUUGAUUGACAGAUUAUUCCUGUUUUUGUGAAUAUAUUUUCCAUAAAGAUGUACAAUAUUGUAUUCAUGUUCCGCUAAUAAAAUAUACAGUAUAUCAAGUUUGA